AUGGAAUUAAUUUCAACAGCCACAUCGACGAUAACAAAUAUCUUCGUUGUGUUGACAAACCGGACUAAGGCUGUUGUGAAUCGCGUCCUCCCGCCUGGACGUCUGGAGAAUGCGCAACAGCAUCUCACCAGCUUCGCAACGACCCAUCCAGUGCUGGCUACUCUAGUACUAUCGCAGGUCGCAUUUUCCGGAUUCCCGCUCAUUCUUUUCGUCCUGCUCACUGUCGGCGUGCUCGUCUUCAGUCUAGUUGCAGCUCUCGUGAUCGCGCUCCUCGGUGCAUUGCUGUUCACGGUCUUCUGCGUAGGCGUUGCUCUUUUGUUCCUCCUCCCAACUCUAUUUGUCACUACGUUUUUGGGUGUCGGAGUGUGGUUCUGGGCUUGGAGCGCGUACUUGAUCGUUAGGCGUUUUGGGGCGGGCGACGCUGAGCAACUGACUAGGCUGAGCUCCGACUGGACCUCUCAUUAUCUCAGAAGGCUAGACGAAAAGGGCGAUCUACACAAUGAACACGUUGAGAAACAAGAAAAGGCCUCUGAUGAAUCUCACGGAACCGACACGGACUCGCCAAAGCAGCUAGAGCCCAACUCCAAAGCUACGGAAAACCAAGCACCUGGCGUGAAGACGAUCAACAAGCCUAUUGGGGAUAUCAAGGGACGACCAAAUGUAGCUAAUGCUAUAGAUGUCUCUGUUGGAUGA